CAUAAACUCCCCCUGUAUAGGUACCUAAAUAAGCGUCGAACAUGCUUAGUGUAAACCCAAAUAAACACAGCUCUCCAGCACACAGCACCGCGGAGAUAUAUAACUACUGGCCUUCCCUUGUUUUUUGCAUAGUUUUUGCAAAACCCCUUCCCUUUUACCAACUCCACACAUUCUUUUAAGCCUGCUUCAUUCAAUUGCAAAAGAUAUAUCUUUUGCGUCCAUUCCUUUUUAAACUUCGAUUGAACUCAUCAAGCUUCACCUGACUCGUCAAACUGCAAACCAUCUACCUCUAAAUCCAUCCUACAAUGAAAUUCUCUGCUCCCGUCUUAUUAUCCGUCUUGACUUGCUUGCAAGCCGUGCACGCUUAUAACAAUAUCGCUGAAAGAUUUAUCCCAGUCAACAAGCGCAACCUCCUCAACGGUACCGCCACUGCUAAACCUUCCACUACUGCCUUGACUGACAUCUCUACCGCUGUCGCUGCUGACUCUUCCGCAGAUCUCACCACCAUCCAGACCACCUCCACCAUCACAUUGACCAACUACGUCACUCUUUCGUACGAUGUAUCUUCUGCUGCAGCCGCCACCACUGUGGCUGCUGCAACCACCCCUGUUACCGCCGUGGCUAUUGCUUCCCAAUCCGACGAUGCGCUGCUCGCCGGUGGGGUGAAUGGUAGACUUGUCACUGUUGGCACUCCCGUCCCAUCUUCCACUGCUGAUAAAGAGACCGUAACUGUUACUGUCACCGAGCCAGCCGUCUGUGAAGCCACCUCCGCUGUUGUCACCACGUCCCAGGGUAUUACCACUAUCAAGGUUCCUGUGCAGUUUACGGUCACGUUGACCGAUUCCGCCGGAAGCGCUUACUCUAGUUUCGCUACGUCUACCGACAUUAACAUCACCUCCACCAUCAUGGUCCAGGUUACUGUCACCGCCACUGAAGCUACCGCCACUGGAGCUACUGCCACUGGAGCUAUUGCCACGACCACUAACGCCCCAAUUGUCGUUUCCUCUGUCUCCUUGACUGCCGCUUCUAGCGCUUCCCUGUUCAACUUCCAGAACUCCACCAGUACCAACACCGCCUAUACCCCAACCGCCGAGUUAACCACCUUGUACACCGCCUCUGGUAACUACUCUAUGCCGCUUCUCACUUCUACCGCCGCUCUGGCUGGCACUGGAGGUCCAAGCUUGGUCAGAAGAGUCAUUGACUACCUUUUCUAGGAGACGUCAUCGGCAUGAUAAAUGUGACACAGGUCUUAUACAACAAAGUAUUAAGCGUGCACAGAUUGUCUUAUGACCAUUUCCUCUAUACAUGCAAGGUGGAGCUCCUCUACACCCCCACACGGCUCGUCAGUAGAUCCUUCUCUUGAAUUAUGUAUAUUUCUUUUUAUCGCAUCGUUCUUUUGGUCUUGUCGUUUCUGCUUCUGGUGUACACGUUAUCUAUUGGGUAUUUUUCUCCGCUAUACUUCACUUCUUCUCUCCUAUUUUCUUGUUUUAUAAUAUACCUCUG